AUUUAAUUAUAAAAAAAAUUAAAAUUCGCAAAAAAGAGUCAGCUAAAAAUCUUUUAACUAGAGUAUAAUCACUAUCAAUUAAUCAAUCAAUAAAUUAGCAAGCACAUCAAAUAUCUAAAUAAUUAAAUAACCUUCACUAAAAUGUACAAUUCAUCUUUCACUCAAAAAUCAUAGGUUUUAGGUAAUAGCUAUCAAAGCAAUAAUCCAGAAGUUAAUGAAAUAAUUAAAAGACACGAAGAAAUCGCUAAUAGUAUAAAGAAAAUGAGAAGCGCAAGCCAAGUUCCUCCAAGCUAUGCUAACAACUAUCUCUACACACCUUCAGGAAGCAUUUCAAAUAUACAAGAUGACUAAAAUGAAGUUGAGACAAUUAUCACAACAACCACUAUGAAAAUUACUCCUUAAACCUCGCUAACUAACUCUUAUGCUCCACAAUAAUAUUAACGCUCAAAUAACUUCUUAAACCCUAACAUUCAACACUCUUUAUAGCAACCCUAGUAAACUUCUGAUCUAAUUGAUCAACUUAAAAGAGCUAACUAAUAAAUCCUUAACAUAUCUUAAGAUCUUCGAGGCUAUAAUGAUAACUUAAAAAAGAGCUAGAUCAGCAUUGGUGGUGGAUUAGGUUCUUCUCAGAUAUCUUAUGGAAAUUAAUCUAUUAUAUAACCUAUUUCUAGAAGAAACAACUUUGAAACUUUUAAUAAUCAAGUACCUAGCAUAAACAACAGCUAAUAUUUGAGUGCUGGAAAUACCUACUAAAACCCUAGAUCUGCUUCUGUUUAUUCUUCAAGAAAUGAAUUACCUUAAACUAAUUCUUAUAAUUAAUCUUUUUAUCCUACUACUAGAGGCGUAUCUUAGAAAAGAGUAACUGAGAUUACCACAACUACCUACAAUAAUGAAUUACCUGUUCACUCACACUUAUUAAAUUCAGGCAUUGCUAAUAGCAGAGCAAACUUAGCAAGUUCAUAAAAUCCUACUCCUAGAGGUACUUCAUAAAGCAAUAUACACUCCUUAAAUUAAAUUCAUGACUCAGAUGAUGAAAAUGAUUACAUUAAAAGAAUAUAUGUUAAAGGAGAUGGUUUUGAAUACGAAGAAAUAGUUGAUGAAGAAAAUCCUUAAAACAAUUACAAAGCAUUAAGAGAUUAAUACCAUGAUGAAUGGUAGAGACUUGACUAUACUCCAGACUUUAUUAUUCCAUUCCUUAAAAUUUAAGAAUAGUAAAAGGCUGCCCAGAAUUCUAUGAGCUAGAUAAAUGCUUCUCAAAUAUCUAACGUGCCUCUUCCUGCAAAAUACGAAUUUCAACCAAAUUGCUAAAGUAGAUACAUACUUGAUGAUUCUAACUUUAACAAAUCUCAUGUAGACACAACUGCCAAUAUUUCUUAAUCAUACAUCCCAACAUAUAAAUCUUAUGCUCCAUAAAAUUAUUGA